AUGGAAGAAUCCACCUUCCUCUACGACUACCCUCCAAACACAGAAACUUCGCUCCUGAUCGUGCACACAGUCGGCUGGCUACACAGGAACAUCUGCUCGGAGAACAUCCUCUUCUUCAAACCCAAACCCACCACAGCCGCAGCCACGCCGCUCACACACCCCUACCUCACAGGCUUCACGUUCUCGCGCGCCGACUCCCCCGUCGAAAUCAGCGACCAGGCCUCCGAGGACCCCCUGCUGGGCAUCUACCGCCACCCGGCCGCGCUGGGCGAGCCCACCGCCUCGUAUGCGAUGUACAUGGCCCACUACUCGCUCGGUGCCGUGCUGGUCGAGAUUGCGGAGUGGCGGCCGCUCAAGCACAUCGUCAAGAAACACAUCGAUGUCACGCGGGGCGAGGUGGAUGUGUCGCUGGCGGCGCUGGCAGGGAUCCAGGGGUGGUUGGGGUGUGAGCCGGUGGAGCGCGGACAGGUUGCGUUUCGCAUGGGAGAGGUGUAUGGGAGGGCUGUUUCGUGGCUGCUGAUGGAGGGGACUGAGCAUUGGCGAUGCGGAUGGCGGGAGUGGGAGUGGCAGUACAGGGCGGCUUCUGGCUUUCCGGCAGUUUGUGGAUGA